AUGAAUAGAAAACGAAGACAACGGACGGGUUUCCCGUUUUGGUCCUACGUUGCUGUUGUUUUUGUGAUUACAUAUUGCACUGCAGUGGCGGUACAGCUCAGAUAUCUUCCUGAAAUCAAUACUACCACUUGGGAUAAUUUGGAGUCGCUUCUCAGUCAACCAAAUCAUCGGAAAAAAGCUCAAACUCUGUCUCGGCCAGUACCAAAACCCAUCACCGCCUACCUGGAACCCAAAAUGAAGGUGACAAUACCAGGAAGUGCUACGAGAGGAGAUCCUGACAAGGAGUAUGAUAAGGGCAAGCCGCCGAAGUAUAAAGAGCCCCUGCCUCUCCGUCUCUUUAGUCCGGCGGACUUGAGAAAGGUGGAAUACGCGACGAUUCAAAGCUGCCAUGAUGUCCCUUCCAGGCUCCCAGUUGGAAGGCCGCUGACGAAUGACAAUGUAUGGAACAUUGGUGAUGAUCCUCUUCCUGAAAAUUACACGGAAAUAGAGCUACCAUUCUGUCCAGUUGAAACUGAUCCGUAUCUACCUUGGAUCCACGAUUUGUUCUUAGAUUUGGAUGAAGAGCAAGUCCGAUUUGUGGCCCAGAAUCGACGACGCUGUCGGACUGGAACAGGCUAUGGAGAAGUGCUAGAGCAUAUGGAACCUCAAGUUGCUUUACUGCAACAUGUUUCGGUUGAGAUCAUCACGGAAAAAGAGGCGCGAAACUUGGCACCAGAAGUUUGGCAGUCGUCGACUAAGGCGGAGGAACCUCGGUAUCGGUUGUCAGAUUUCAGCAAUGCAAGUGCUACUGGCAGGUACACUCGGUUUAUAUGCAAGUUCCACACGUCAUCUUCCGACGAACGGAGAAUAGAGCUUGGCGAAACCCUAUCAGUAUAUCCUUUUCAUUAUGAAUUUGCAGCCUUUCGCAAAUCGCAGAAUGAUGUUGGUUUACUUUCGAGCAAAGGGAAGGAUAAUUCCAAGUUUUGGACAUCAACAUUGUUAUUUUCGUGUCCACUAUCAGAAGAGGCAAAGAUGCUGACAAAGACAACAGACUUGGGUGUAGACUCGCGUCCUCUUUUUCAUGUGGAUAUCAUUCCCAUCCGUGCACCGCCAAGAUUCGCUAAGACCACCGAAACCAAUGGAGGACAUUAUCUUCCGGAAGAACUAGUUGGUUCCAGAUACAAAGGCUCAUUUGAUCCACUCGUCGCUUGGGGAAAGAAUCAUGUUCUACCCCCGGUGGAGGCAAGUGGGCGAUGGGAAAAUCUGCCAGUUUGCCCAGUGAAAUCAACAGUCCAGCCAUCCUCACUGUCGAAAGCAACAGCAACAAAGCCACACUUGUUAUCGGCCUGCCUCUGGGCUUCUGCAAUCUAUCACACUCGAGGUAAAGACAAGGAGUCUUUAUCUGACACGAAGGAUCGACUGAUGGAAUGGAUUGAAUUUCACCUUAUGGUUGGCUUCGAUCAUAUUUAUGUCUACGAUAACUCUGCGAAUCCGGUCAACAACUUGAAACCAAUUACGGGCAUGUUUUCGUCAAAGGAAGUAACUUGGAUUGAUUGGCCACAUGCGAUCCCCGCCCACGACAACACUGGGGAACGUUCAAGUCAGUAUGCUGCGGAAAACUCCUGUCGGACGCGUUAUGCUCCGCUCACGGAAUGGAUAGCAUCAUUUGAUACCGAUGAAUAUCUCGUUCCUAUGGGGAACCAUAGGAGUCUGAGAAGCGUUGUGGAGCAAGACACGGAGACCAACAUUUUAUCCUUUCGAAGUUCUCGUGGCAAACUGCGAUAUGGAGCUUCCGAGCAACUGAAGGCAGGGCGUGAAAAGCUGGGAAACGUGACGUUCUUGGAAGCGUACAACUGCGAUGGAUCGGAGAGUCCUCGUCCAGAAUGGGCAGAUCGAGCAAGAAAACAGCUUUAUCGGGCUGACUAUGUUCCUUAUCACUUUGUUCACUACUCGACCAUCACACAAGGGUUGUUGGAUACUCCUCGUGGAGAAUCGAAUUGGAUUCGGUUUUACGAGGAACGUCCGCCAUCUGAACGCAUCACUGAUGAACUGAAUGAAGCAACCAUGAUCCAUGCCAAGACGAUCACGCGGGGUCAUACGGCUGGAUGGAAGAAACGCUGUCGAUACGACUUCAAGAGGAAGUGGCUUGGCUGUUACGUCGGGCUUGGAUGGCCAAACAAUACGAAAAGUGAAACGAGCACUUAUGAUCCAAUCACUGAAUUGGAUUAUAAUUGUUUUAUGAAUCCGAAUGUGGAGAACUAUUGGAUUCCAAGGCUGAACGAGGCAUUGAAGGUCAGGAAACGAUAG